AUGGCCAGACACAACACCACAUCCCCAGCCCCUUCGGCAGCGUCCCCCGGUGCGUCGCUGCGUCCCCCUCGGGGCCGGCAGCGGGCGCGGGGCGGCGGGGGAGCGGGGGUGCCGCGGCARAGCGCCAGCGAGCGGGAGAAGCUGCGGAUGCGGCGGCUGGCGCAGGCCCUGCUGCGGCUGCGGCACUACCUGCCGCCCGCGCUGGCGCCCGCCGGCCAGAGCCUCACCAAGAUCGAGACCCUGCGCCUCGCCACCCGCUACAUCGCCCACCUGUCCGCCCUGCUGGGGCUCGGCCGGGGGACAGCGGCCCCCCGACACUGUCCCCUGUGCCCCCGGGGCCUGGGCUGCUGCCAGGACGCGGAGCCCCAUGUGUCCCAGGGCUAG